AUGGUCAAAGACAACGACACAGUCAUCAAAGAGUUCAAUGAGCUCGUCAACAUGUCACCGGACCAGUUGAAAGAAUGGCUCGGUGGCGAGGACUCUGCUGGCGCAGGCUGGUCCAAGGACGAUGGUUCUGGUGAGACCAUUGGUCACGAGAGUGGCCGUAAAAUCAUCGAAAUCUUGGAAAAGAACCCAAAGAAAGACCCCAGCAAGUACGACGAGGACGAUAUUAGCCACAUGCGUAAGGUGGUAGCUUACAAUAAGCGACACCUGGCACAGGAGGGAAAAGCAAAGCAAGAUCCAGAGAGCAAGAGUGCUAAGUCAUUGAAGAACUGGGGUCACGACCCUCAGCAGUCCUAG